AUGAAUAAAUUAGUAAAUAAGAAUAUUUUUAUAAAUAAAAAUAAUUCAUUAAAAAACUUUGUAAAUAAUUAUUCAACUAAAACAAAUAAUAAUAAUAAUAAUAUUUUUAAUAAAAAUAAAAAUGAUUUAAAAUCAUUCAGUAGUAGCAGUAAAUUAAAUAAUAAUAAUAAUAAUAAUAAUAAAUAUGAAGAAUCAAAAUUAAUGAAUGCAGAAGAUUUAAUAUUAAAUCAAAUAAAGAUUUCAAAAUCACCAUUUGUAAAGAUUGCAGGAUCUGAUAUUGAUGGAAUUUUGAGGGGAAAAUAUUUGGAUAAGAGUAAAUUUGAAUCAUCUAUAAAGAAAGGGUUAGGAUUUUGUAGUGUAAUAUUUGGGUGGGACAGUUCUGAUAGUGCCUAUGAUAAUGUUAAAUUCACAGGUAAUCAUACGGGGUAUCCAGAUAUGGGAGCAAGACCAGAUUUAUCAACAUUCCGUACCAUUCCAUGGGAAUAUGAUGUACCACUAUUCUUGAUGGAUUUCAUUGGCACCAAUGGAGAGCCAUUACCUAUUUGUCCUCGUUCCACUUUGAAAAAGGUUAUAAAGAAAUGCCACGAACAUCAAUUUGACCCUGUUCAAGGCAUGGAAUUCGAGUGGUAUAAUUACAGUGAAAAUAAUAAAUCAUUGUUGAAUAAGAAUUUCUCGAAUUUAGAACCACUAUCAAAUGGUAUGUUUGGGUAUAGUUUAUUAAGAACAAGUCAGAAUUCUGAAUUUAUGAACUCUCUUGCCGAGCUACAAGGCUUUGGUGUACCAUUGGAGGGGUUGCAUACAGAGACCGGUCCUGGUGUUUACGAAGCUGCCAUUAGGUUCUCCACUGCGUUAGAAUCUGCUGACCGUGCAAUACUAUUCAAACAUUGCACUAAGGAGAUUGCAUCGUUGCAGGGUAUAAUGGCAAGCUUCAUGGCCAAACCAUUCAAAGAUUUGCCAGGCUGCUCAGGACACAUGCAUCAAAAUUUCAAUUGUUUAAAAACCGGUAAGAACCUAUUCCUCGAUGAAUCCGACCCAAAUCAUAUGUCUGACAUUUUCAAAUCAUUCGUUGCUGGUCAAUUAUUAUUGUUGCCUGAGUUUUUACCAUUUUUCGCACCAACAAUCAAUAGUUAUAAACGUUUAGUCGAUGGGUAUUGGGCACCAACCACACCAACAUGGGGAAUGGAUAAUAGAACUGUAGCAUUAAGAAUUAUCAAAGGUGGUAAAGCAACAAGAUCAGAAUUCAGAGUCACAGGAUCAGAUGUAAAUCCUUACAUUUCAAUCGCCGCUUCAUUCGCUGCUGGUCUCUAUGGUGUCAUUAACAAAUUAGAAUUAAAACAAAAACCAAUCAUAGGUAAUAGUUAUGAUCUCUAUAAAAAAGGACUAGUUGAAAGAUUACCAAGAUCAUUAGCUGAAUCAACUGAAUUACUAUCAAAAUCAAAGAUUGCAAAAGAAUACCUUGGUGAAGAAUUUGUUGAUCAUUUCGUUGAAACUCGUCGUUGGGAAUAUAGACAAUUCAAUCAUCAAGUUCAUAAAUGGGAAUUAGAAAGAUAUUUAGAAAUUAUUUAA